GUUGUCAAACAUAACAUAACCUAUUGUAACACACUUCUGACAUUACUCAUUUAUAACAAUUUAGAUUUAUUUAGUAUUAAAAUCAUAAGCAUUUGGUAAAAAAGUAAUAUUUGUUUUAAACUAAUGUUUUAUAAAAAAUGUCAAGCACAAUUAACAGUGUAAUAACUAAUAGAGAUCGAGAUUGUUUGGCUUGCAGAAUUAUUAGUGGUGGUGGUCUGAUUGGAUCAGGCAUUUACGUUUAUUAUCAUUCAAAGAAAUUACAAAAACCUAAAGGAAAAACAGUAAUGUAUACUAUUGCAAGUGCACUGGUUUUAUUGGGGACUGCUAGAAUAAUGGAUUUACCACCGUUUCGAAAUCAAUUUAAUCAUAGAUAAUGGAUAAAUAUUUAAAUAUAUAAGAUAAAAUAUUAAAACUAUGAACAGAUUAUAAUAUUGUUCAUGUAACAUACACAAAAUGCUACUUAUUUUCCUACUUUAGUAUAUUAACGUAUUUACUUUACAUAAAAUUAUAAUACAUUCUAGAACAAAGACCUAUUAAGAUUUAACAAUGAAAAUGAAUAAAAAACAUUGAAAUAUUUCCUUCAA